AGAAAAUUUCAAAUGAUCAUAAAAAUAUGAAACGGGCAGUUUCUUCAGAUGAGGAAGACGAUGGCAUAGAACCAGGCGAAGAAGCAUACGAUUAUCACAAGUUCAAAGCAGAAUACGAAGAACAAUUAGAACAGUCUAACAAAACUCUAAACUUUACUGAUAAGGACAAACUGGAAGAGCAACCGAAGGAGGCGUUAGAGAAAUUAGUUGACUUUCGAAAUUGUACAGAAGCAGCCUCAAAGAAAUUUGGUAUUAAAGCGAUAGAUUGUUUGAUGUAUAAUUACGAAAAGCAGAAAGAGAAGCCUGUCGUGAAGAAGACAGUAAAGAAGAUAUGGUUGACUCUAAAAGUUUGGUUCCUGAUUUACGUGUGUAUCGCGAUUCCCUGUUGGUGCCAAAGAGGAUGGUGUUGCUGCUGCUUUCGUUUCAAAUUCUGUUUCCCGAAAAAACGAAUCACGUUCGCGAUGCAGUAUUACGCGAAGAACCCUCCCGGCGUGUUAAGUAUAGAACCCCGCAAGAAAGAAGAAAUGGUAGAGCCUUUUACGUAUCGUCCCACCGAGCUUGAAGAGGAGGCGUACGAGACGUUUGAAUCCGCGAUAAGAAAUAUAUGAAAUAUUACCUCUAGAAUUUCCUGAGCCUUUGUAUAAUCGUUUUUCCAUAAGCAACGAAUAAUCAAGCUUUCUUUAGUUGCCAAUAAAAAGUUUACGAACAA